GAAAAGAGCACCGUUCUUCCUGGCACGUGAGGAAGGAGAGUUUAUGUCUGUAUGGGAUGGUCACUUGCGCAGCGGAGGCCAGGGAGUGGGGGAGAGUGGACCCCCAGCAGUGAGUGAGCGCAGCGGGCUGCCUGUCCCCAGACGCUCGAGGUCAGGAUGGGCCCCACAGGCAAACAGAGUCCCUCGUCCCUGCCGGUCCCCACGGGAGGGUCUUGCCUCCUCCUCCUCUUCUGCCUGCGGUUGGGGACCUCUUGCCCACAGAGCUGCCAGUGCCCUGACCACGCUGGGGCCGUGGCCGUCCACUGCAGCGCGAGGGGCCUGCAGGAGAUCCCCAAGGACAUCCCUGCCGACACUGUGCUCCUGAAGCUCGACGCCAACAGGAUCGCCCGCGUCCCCAACGGAGCCUUCCAGCACCUGAACCAGCUGAGAGAGCUGGACUUGUCCCAGAACGCCAUCGAGAGCAUUGGCCCCGCCGCUUUCUCUGGCCUGGCCGGGGGCCUGCGGCUGCUGGACCUGUCUCACAAUCGCAUCCGGAGGAUUCCGAAGGAUGCUCUGGGCAAGCUCAGUGCCAAGAUCCGCCUGUCGCACAACCCGCUGCACUGCGAGUGUGCCCUGCAGGAGGCCCUGUGGGAGCUGAAGCUGGACCCCGACUCCGUGGAUGAGAUCUCCUGCCACACCUCGGUGCAGGAGGAGUACGUGGGGAAGCCACUGAUCCAGGCCCUUGACUCCGGCGUCAGCUUCUGCAGCAUCCACCACAAGACCACCGACGUGGCCAUGCUGGUCACCAUGUUCGGCUGGUUUGCCAUGGUGAUCGCCUACGUCGUGUACUAUGUGCGCCAGAACCAGGAGGACGCCAGGAGGCACCUGGAGUACCUGAAGUCCCUGCCCAGCACCCCUGUGUCCAAGGACCCCAUCAGCCCUGCGCCUUAAUGCCCACUGGCUCGAGCAGCCCGAAGCCCAUGUGUCUCCCAUCACUUUUGUAGCAGAUGGUGACUGACUCUUGCCUUUGAUGUUCCCUUGGUGAGGUGGUGACACGGUUGCUUCUGUCCAGUACUUCCUGAUUACACAGCACUUUCCCUUAGGGCAGCGAGUGGCUGUAGCAGCCUUCAGGCCAGGUCAUUUUACCGUCAGCCCCGGGGCGGAGAGAUGGAGUAUUGCAGCCGGAGACGACCCGCUGCGAUGUAAAGCCGGGCAGUCUGUCACCAUGUUCAGUGUCCCUUCCACUCUGGUAGCCUGUCCCCGGGGCACCCAAGCAUUCAGACAAGAGUGAGUGUGUGCCCUUGAUUGAGGCUCCCUGAGGACAGUGGGUGCCUUCUGUCAUUUGAAGGCACAGGUGAUCCUGUAUGUGGAACUGACUUGCCUCUGCGUCCCCAGUGUUUCCUGAACACGUUUGACCACAGCACUCUGUGCAGAGCGAAGCGGUAGAGACCAAGGGUUUUUGGAGAGGUGAGUGGAGUGUCUAACCUUUGAACGACUCUUUGGUUUAUUCUCAGAAUGUUUGUUAAGAGUAACACUUGCACCAAAAUUUCAGUCCAGGAAGAAGGAAAAAAACAACCCAAACCAAAAAGCAAAGUGUCAAACAAACCCCCCCCCAAAAAAACAUGGAGAGGAACCUGAGAAGGGUCCACGGUGGCUCGUCAAGGGGGCAGAGUCAAGACAAGCAGGGUCCUGCCUGGCCCCUGUCCUCCGCCCGCGCCCGCUCGGGGCAGGGGUGCCGUCAUCUGGGGUCGCUACGUGCCUUGCUCUUCUGCCCGCUAAAGCCGCUCCUUCCCAGAGGACGGGAGGGCUGACUGAUGUUUCAAGGCCAAUCAGUAGGAUGACUCCUUUUCGCCAGCAGCAGGAACUCUCUCUCUCCCUCUCCUUUCCAGCUUUGCUGCCAGGAAUCUCAGAGCAACUUUAAUGCUCAAUUUUCUUACCUACUUCAAGUUCAGGGUAGACCUUACCUCCACCUAAGUAACCCUGACUUGUCCUUCCAAUUUUAUUUUUUACUGGUUUUUUUUUGUAUGAGUGUUUAUAUUUUAAACUAAUUCAAAUACUUUGGGGGGAAGCGAGAAGGGGUACAUCACCUAGGGAUCUGAGGGAUAAAGGACAGAAGCCUUUCUCAGCAGACUCUUGGAAAGGAUGAAGACUGAGGGAGGUUUGCACUGGAAGGUGUCAUGUGGCUUGCAGCAGGAAACAUAUCUCGGCACACACAGCCGAGACCCAAGAGGCACAUCUGAACAAGGUCAUGAUUUUUCAGUUGUGAGGCGUUAAAAAGAAACAACCAAGAGAUGCCAAUACUCCCCCACACCCAGGCGCCUCUCUCCUGCUCUCACGGGGGUCUGUGCACAGCCACACGGUGCGAACGGGAGCGUGGGUGGGCGCUUCUCUGCCCACCGUCCCGACCAGGGGUGCGGCAUGGGAGGCAGGGCUCAGGUGAUGCUCCGGAUGACGCCAGUCCUCACGGAAACGGGCGGCCCGCCCAUCUUUCCAGUGAGAGCUAAGACCAAGCAAGUGGACCUGGGCGUCAGUCCACUUGUGGGACAGAUGCCACGUGGAGCAGAUAAGUGUGGCUGCUGGCUGACCAGGGGAGGCAGGCUCCGUGGGGGAAUUAGGUCUCCCCUCCCCACCCAUCCCGGGGUACACACAGGAGGGAAAGGGGCCCUGUCACACCAGGAGCUUGUCGCCUGGUGAGCUCGCCUGGUGGUCGUGACCCUGGGUCAGGGGAAGAGAGGCUGAGACCUGGCUGGAGGUGGGGGCGAGUGUCGGGGUCCUGCUGCUGCGGCUCACGUCCUGUGGGUGCGGGCCGGCCUGGGCACCUCGGGGCCUUUCUCUGCUGUUGGGAGCUCUUCACUUGCUCUUAAGCAGAAUCAGCCCAGGGCCUGGAUGCCGCCCAGAAGCUCUUCUGGGGGCACACAGGGAGUGGGUGGGCCCCUCCCCUCCCCUCCCCUCCCCUCCCUUCUGCUGGCCCCCAGCCCCCAACCCACCUUCCCCUUGGUGUGGACCUGCCAGCAUCCUGUUCCACCCUGUGGGGACGGGGAUGUGGGCCCAGGACCUCGGAGCACACCAGAAGGGCCCCUCUCUGCCGAAGUCCAGAGUCAGGGGCUGUCCCUCCCUCCUGGCCUCUCUGGGCUCCUCACCCCCCGUGGAGUCUCCCAAGAGAGGAUACCUACCUCCAAAGACCACCAGGACGCCAACUGCAGGACCUGGAAGCCCCUUCCUGCUCAUGGGAGCCCCCACCCCUGGUGCCUGGGAGCCCUUGGCUCUCCUGGGGUGCAGCCCUCCCCUCCCCACCUCCCCUCCCUUCCGCUUCUCAGAUUUCCCCUUCCCUCCCCUAAGGGGCUCCUAAAGAUGAUGUCCUGUCUGCGCCCACCCUGUUCCUUGCAGCUAUGUGUGUGCGGACACCCAGACCCCCACAGGCCUCAUGCUGACUCCCCACCCCAACCCCAGCACCCAUGGGCCCGGUGUGAGCGGGCAUUUGACCCCAUCUUCUAGUUUUGCAGAGGCCAGGGUCAAGCCGGCCCCAUGAAUGGGCCCUGUGUUGACAGGGGUGGGGACAGGGCAAAGGGGGUGCCUCAACUGUCCCAUCUCUGUUGGGAGGCAGUGGGAUGGCAGCCUUUGUGGGAAACAGGUGACCCCUGGCUCUCGUUACAUUCCAGGUAAGAGACCUCAAAGAGCUUCAUGCACAUGGCCUUGCUUACCCCUACCUGCAAAGCCCCUCUUGCCUUGGGAGGUAGCACUUCACAGGGUCCGGGUGGGAUGACUUUGGGGUUCCUCCUGCAGCAGAGGUGUGGCGGGAGCAGACUGGCCCAAGAACCACCCCACCUGAGCCUCUUUUCCUUCCCGUGGGAGUUGGGGGGGGCCUCAGGGCCAGAGUGGGGGGAGGGGAGAGGCAGUGAGGGGGUCAUGGGGCACCUUGGGGCCCCUUGGGAGCCGGUCCCCCGACCAGGCCACUCGGGUUUGAGAUGAGACUUCCUUCUCUCUUGGUCCCUGGCCUCGCCACGGAUGGUCCGCUUGGAAACUGGAGCCUCACCGUUGACCUGACCCUGGGAAGGGAUGCCCCACAUUCACAGCCUCCUGACACCCCUGCCUCCCUUCCUCUUUGGACAUCGGGGCCCUGAGUGGCCCACCCGGCCAUGCCCUUGGGUGGUCUAACAGUAGGGGCGAGCAGGUGUACUGCCGAGCCCCAGCAGGGCCGGCCUGACGCGCGGGAGCUGUCCCUGGUGGGGUGGACUCCCUGCACAGAGGAGGCUCCCAGCUCUGCUCCAGAAAUGCUCCCAGGCCCCCAGGAGGCUGGCGGCAGGCUGUAGACACACCUCGAGGCUGGGGCUGGGAGGGAGGCGCUGGCACCCUCAGAUGUGUGAACUGGCUCCUCUCCUGGAAGGGCCUGGAUGCGGGAACCAGGGACCACCCACACCGCAGGGCCCCAAUUCCCCCCGUCCACCUGUGGGGCGGGUGACGAGUUUUAGCUGUGAGACUAGGGUUAAAUGGAUGUGCUCUGUUCCUAAUGGAAAGUUGCUCCAGGUACAUGGGGCAGGGUGCACAGGAAAGCAGGGGCCGGUCAGGUUUAGCUCCUCAGCUGGUCGUGUUCACACAGACAUCCAAGGAACGUGUGCACUCAGACGCCCCCUCAGCCAGGGGUUCCCGCGGGGCCGGCUGCCUUGGACGGCUCCUCCCGAGGGUCAGCAGAGUCCCAGGGCCUCAGCAAAGCCAGGGCGGGAACGCACAGGCUACCUUCCUGGGAGCUAAAGGCAGCCGAGGUGGCCCGGGGCCUGGGCAUUGCCGGGGCCCCGCGGGCCCCUUCCUGUGCGUUGCUCCCAGGCUCCUUUGCAGCGGGUCCCUUGGAUGUGUUUGCAUGAGGCUUGGGUCCUGGACUGAGUGACCCGGGAAGGAGGCCCUGCAGACUGCGGUCCAGGUGGAACAUUCUGGACCUGCAGCCGCUCCCAGCCUUGGCGGGAGCUGGGGGCGGUUUCGGGGGUCGUCUUUCCUGCAAGCUUGGCCCCAAACCCAGUUCUCCUGUCCUCCCUCCUGCCUGUGAACCCUCAAUAAACCUCUCUGUGUUUAAA